CAGGGUCACGAAAUUGUCGUAGGCUGAGGAUAUGAAGGCCAUACGGGGCGUAGUUCUCACCUGCGAUCCCGCGGUGAAACAGAUCCUUCUCACGAUGAACGAGAAACUGUCUUUCAUCAUAGAAGACCUUGACGAACACCAUCUGGUCAUUAAAGCGGACGAGGAGUGGCGGGUUCGGAGGGAGCUUGAGGCUGAGCUCGAGAAGAACACGUACAGCCUGGAAUGAUUUGCAAAGCUCACGUCCCUUCCAUUACCCUGAAAUUAUAGGCUCGUCGCUGCGUGGCGCCCUGAAGCUCUCGCAAGAAGCCAGCACGCCGAUUUUGCCCCACGCGUCCUCGUGUUUCUACGCGUUGUUCCACACCAACAGGAGCGCGAUCGUGCGCAUCUACAUGUUUGCAAGCGCGAUUACCGUAGGGCGAGCUUGACUCUAUAAACAGAUGGUGUAUGCUGAGCGGCUUGGCACGUCAAGGAGCGUCAUCCUAGUCCGAUCCAGUGUACGAUAUCAAACUCGGACGGGCCUGAAUAGAGCGGAAAACAUGACUGUUUGGGAUCUUCGGAUCUCUAGAUAUCCCUUAGCCUGAAUUCAAUCUCAUGGAAAUGCUACUCAACAUGAUGAGGGUCCUCAGGCUUC